AAUUGAGGAGAAAAAUAAGUGUAGUCGAUUGUUUAUAAGUUUCCAAAAUGACCGAGCUUGUCCACUGUUACAACAAAGGAUGUGGUCAAAAGUUUGAUCUCUCUAGCAACGAAGAAGACAGUUGUACUUAUCACCCAGGUCAACCUGUGUUCCAUGAUGCAUUGAAGGGCUGGUCCUGUUGUAAAAAACGCAGUACAGAUUUCACAGAAUUCCUCAACACACCGGGUUGCUCAAAAGGAAAACACAGUAAUGUUAAACCUCCAGAACCAGUAAAAGAAGAGAAAACAAACUCCAACAAAGAUGAGGUCAUCGAAGUAAAGAUGCCAGAGCCCAAGAAACCUAGAGACCCCUCAGAAAGACCCUCCUCAGAUGAACCUUUGGUCCCCCUCAGUGUAAACGUCACAUCCUCACUAAAACAGGCCCUGGAUAAACACUUGGAAAAUGCCAAUCAACAAACAACUGAAGAUAAAGCUGACCCCACAGAAGUGAAAGUAGGCACAUCAUGUAAAAACAAUGGAUGUAAAGCAUGUUAUGAAGGGGAAGAAAGUAACACAGAAAAAUGUCUAUAUCAUCCAGGAUUUCCCGUGUUUCACGAGGGCAUGAAAUUUUGGUCUUGCUGUAACAGAAAGACAUCAGAAUUUGAUCAAUUUUUAGCCCAGGAAGGCUGUGAAACAGGGAAACACUUAUGGAUCAAACCAGAGGUGGAGGGAGAGAAGAAGUCCUGUCGAUUUGAUUGGCAUCAGACUCCAUCAACUGUAUCUCUGUCUGUUUUUGCCAAAGUUGCUGUUCCUGAAAAAUGUUCAAUAACUGUCAACAGGGUGCGCUGUGUCAUCAAAAUCGUUUUUGAGGGAGGAAAGAGUCUCUUUGAAAAAGAUAUAAUACUGAGAGAAGAAAUAAUUCCAGAGAAAAGUGCAGUGAAAAUGAUGGGGACAAAAGUAGAAAUCAAUUUAAAGAAGGCGGAAGCAUUCAGUUGGCCAACUCUGGAAUUCCCUGUCAAUACUCCUGAAAACAAAGCAUCUGAAAGUUGAGAUAAGACUACUUAAACAGUCAGGAGACAGGCAAUAAACAGCAGAUAUUGUGAUAAAGGAGCAUCUAUAUCCUAAAAUUCAAAAUAGUACUUCAAUGAUGCAAGGGUUAUUUAUUUCUUAUGUGAAGUGAUGGAGUCAAUUCACUUUUUUAUGCUACAAUUGUUCACACUCUGAAUUAAGGGGUCUUCUUCUUAUUUAACUAAUACCAUGUACCAUUGCAUUUAUCCCCUACAGAAGUGUAAAUGGAUUCCAAGGUCUAAAUGAUUCGGUGAAAUUUAAAAUUCCUAAAACUGAUAAUAUGUAGAAGAUCAGCCUUCUUUACUUCAUAUAUGAGAUACAUUCUACAUUCUUUUUUUGACAUUACAAUGUUGCAUGAGAAAAGUAUCUGUGGCCUAAAUAUCGUAUAUUUGGUAAUAUUGCAUAAGUAAGUUUUCUGGAUCAAAAGAAAAAAAUCCCCCCCCCCCAAAAAAAAAUAAAGCACCAAUAUUUCCAUAAAGUUGAUACAGUUAUUGAACAGAUUAUUAAAGAAAAAAUCCAUCAAAAUAUUAUUUUAAAAAAGCCAAUAUUUAAACUACUUUGGCGAUAUGAAAUUUGCCAAAUAUUCUCAACACCAAGAUUACUAUAUGGUAUAUUGUUAUACAAGUAUGGUUUGAUACAUUAUGCAUACGUGUAUGUGUCAUUUAUUCAUCUAGUGAAUAAAAGAAAGGAGAGCGUU